CCGCCGGGCGCUGUGCCUGCUGGAGGAGUACCGCGCCAAGCUCGGCGGAGGAGGCGGAGGAGGCGGAGGAGGCAGCACCCCCGGCGGCCCCAACACCCCCGCCUCCUCCACCGCCGCCCAGGACCGCCAGCUCCGGAGCUCCGUCGAGCGCGUCAUCGGCAUCUUCCAGAGCAGCCUCUUCCAGGCCCUCCUCGAUAUCCAGGAGUUUUAUGAAGUGACUCUGCUUGACAAUCCCAAAAGUAUCGAUCACUCAAAGCAAGCCGAGUCAGUGCAGCCUGUGAACACCUGGGACUUCUCCAGCCUUCCAAGCACAACGGUGACUUCAGAAACUUUGCCGAGCAGCCUUAGCCCAGCCACAGAGAAAUAUCACUCCCAGGAUGAGGACCCUCCUUCCUCGUUGGAGCACAGCCGUCGCCAAGUGUCCGGUGAGGUGACUGUCCCAGAGCUGGUUCACGUGUCCGAGAAGAGCCUUUCCCAAGUGGAGAAUGUCCAUGGAUUUGUUUCUCACGCUCAUAUUUCACCAGUCAAGGCAAAGGAGGCGGUGCCUCUCUCUCCUCCCAUGGUCUCUGCACUGCCAGUCCCUGCCGAGGCCGCGUUCAUCCCAUCCUCCAUAUCACAGGCGAAUCCCCCCCCACUGGUGGUCAACACCGAGGCUCCGGAGACCCCGACCUAUGUCAAUGGCACGGAUGCAGAGUAUGAAUAUGAAGAAAUUACUCUGGAACGGGGCAAUUCAGGUCUUGGCUUCAGCAUUGCCGGAGGAACGGACAACCCACACAUUGGGGACGACUCCAGCAUCUUCAUCACAAAGAUUAUCCCAGGGGGCGCGGCAGCGCAGGAUGGAAGGCUGCGGGUCAACGACUGCAUUUUGCGUGUGAAUGAGGUGGACGUCCGUGACGUGACACACAGCAAAGCGGUGGAAGCUUUAAAGGAGGCCGGCUCCAUGGUCCGGCUUUAUGUCAAGAGAAGGAAACAGGUCACAGAGAAGAUUGUGGAGAUAAAGCUUGUGAAGGGCCCCAAAGCAGGUCUUGGGUUCAGCAUCGCCGGGGGUGUUGGAAACCAGCACAUCCCUGGAGACAACAGCAUCUACGUCACCAAAAUCAUUGAAGGAGGGGCGGCACACAAGGAUGGCAGACUCCAGAUUGGGGACAAGCUUCUGGCUGUAAACAGCGUCUGUUUGGAAGAAGUCACACAUGAAGAAGCAGUCACUGCCUUAAAGAACACCUCGGACUGCGUUUAUCUGAAAGUGGCAAAACCCACCAGCCUGUUCAUAAACGAUACUUACACUCCUCCAGACGUCACCAAUGCGUCUCCUCCUCCACCUAUCGACAACCAUAUCAGCCCGUCAGCCUACCUCGGACCGUCCCUCUCACCUGCGUCACCAGGAAGAUACUCUCCUGUUCCCAAGGGGAUGCUUGGAGAUGACGAGAUAACCAGGGAACCACGGAAGGUGGUGCUCCAUCGAGGAUCCACAGGUCUUGGUUUCAACAUCGUGGGCGGGGAAGACGGAGAAGGGAUUUUUGUCUCUUUCAUCCUCGCAGGGGGACCUGCAGAUCUGAGUGGCGAGCUCAGAAAAGGCGACCGCAUAAUCUCGGUGAAUGGCGUCGACCUCAAAGCGGCAACCCAUGAAGAGGCAGCGGCCGCCUUGAAGAAUGCCGGGCAGGCUGUCACCAUCGUGGCCCAGUACCGCCCAGAAGAAUACAGCCGUUUUGAGGCUAAAAUACAUGACUUGCGAGAGCAAAUGAUGAACAGCAGCAUCAGUUCAGGAUCUGGGUCCCUGCGAACCAGUCAGAAGAGGUCCCUCUAUGUCAGAGCCCUCUUUGACUAUGACAAGACGAAAGACAGCGGCCUCCCCAGCCAGGGGCUGAACUUCCGGUUUGGUGACAUCCUGCACGUCCUCAAUGCUUCUGAUGAUGAGUGGUGGCAGGCACGGCUGGUCAUGCCCGGUGGCGAAAGCGACGAGGUUGGCGUGAUCCCAAGCAAGCGCAGGGUGGAGAAGAAAGAACGAGCCCGUUUGAAAACCGUGAAAUUUAAUUCUAAGGCAAGAGGAGACAAAGGGCAGUCAUUCAAUGACAAGCGUAAAAAGAACCUCUUUUCCCGAAAAUUCCCCUUCUACAAGAACAAGGACCAGAGUGAGCAGGAGACCAGUGAUGUUGACCAACAGGUAACGUCUAACGCCAGUGACAGUGAGAGUAGCUACCGUGGCCAAGAGGAGUUUGUCCUGUCUUACGAGCCUGUCACUCAGCAAGAAGUCAGCUACACGCGGCCAGUGAUUAUUCUAGGACCCAUGAAAGACAGGAUAAACGAUGACUUGAUCUCUGAAUUUCCAGACGAAUUUGGAUCAUGCGUUCCACAUACGACGCGACCGAAACGGGACUACGAGGUGGACGGGCGGGACUACCACUUUGUCGUGUCCCGAGAACAAAUGGAAAAAGACAUCCAGGACCACCGCUUCAUCGAAGCCGGGCAGUACAACAGCCACCUGUACGGGACGAGUGUCCAGUCCGUGCGAGAGGUGGCCGAGAAGGGUAAGCACUGCAUCCUGGAUGUCUCUGGAAACGCCAUCAAAAGGCUUCAGGUUGCUCAGUUGCAUCCCAUCGCCAUUUUCAUCAGACCCAAAUCGGUGGAAAACAUCAUGGAAAUGAAUAAACGAUUAACAGACGAGCAAGCCCGGAAGACAUUUGAGAGAGCCGUGAAGCUAGAGCAAGAAUUUACGGAACAUUUCACAGCGACCGUGCAAGGGGACACACUGGAAGAGAUCUACAGCCAGGUCAAGCAGCUCAUCGAAGAGCACUCUGGCCCUUCCAUCUGGGUACCAGCCAAGGAGAAGUUGUGAAGGCCAGCAGGGGGCCUCCCCUCCCCAACCCCCACCACCCCCCGCGGGCUCAGGGUUCGUCUGGCCUGGCUUCCCGGGGAGCACCACCACGCCUCCCCGGCAGCCGGUCCCACCUCCAGCUCCUCCCCUGCGCAGAGGAGGGGGUCUCCCCAGAGCUGCCGCCGCUGCUGCUGCGCCCCGUGGCUCAUGGUCGCAUUUUACACUCUGCACCCUUUUUAGCUUAGACAAAUUGGACUCUCCAGAUCUGCUUUGGUACAGCCGGGGCAGCAGCUUGACCAACUAUUGUGGAUGACGGAUGGGGAAUUACACUGUAAACUCCUUAAUGUUUAAGGGAAAAGUAUCCUUCAGAGAUUUUGAGAAGUAAAAGCUUUAUAUACAUUCUUCACAGAUUUCCUAAUGAAAUGAAAAGAAAAGUGGUCUUAAAUUACGGAGCGGGUAAAAGCGCUCUGCGCUCAACUUUGAUUGCAUGCUUUGAUCCAAGAGGCUUGGUGUUUCAGGAUUUCAUUUCAUAACAAAUACAGUGUGCAGGCAAUUAAAUGAGAAACUUUUUUAAAAAUGUGCAAGAUAAUGUAUGGAUAAUUGCCGUGGCUUCACAAGGGAAAAUGAGCUUUCAUAAUUUCUUAAGAAUGUUCUUAGUACUCUAUUUUUUCAUGUUUUGCUGUUGCUGGGGCAAGGGGGGGGUCUUCCAUUUUCUUAAAAGAGCACAGGCAGGAGCCCCCCCCCCGCUGGGGGUGUCUGGCAGGCGGGUGGGUUUGGCAGAGGGUGCCCGGCUUGCUUGGGCACCAGAGGGGGGAGGGCGGGCAGGGCUUCUUGUUCUCCUUGUCAGGGUGGGGGAGAGCUCUGUUCAAAGUACAAAUAUGUUCUUAGAAAUCGGGUUUUAAUGACUAUUUUACCCACAAUA